AUGGCAGCAGAACAAGACAUUGAAGUAGAAGAUGAGCUUGCUAAAGCUCAAAAAAGAUUACGAGAAUUAAAAACAAAGAUUUCCACUCAAUCCAAAAAGAACUUUAUGCGUGAACGCGAUGUGCGUUUCUUGGAUGCUCGGAUUGGAUUGUUAAUUCAGAACCGAAUGGCCUUGGAUGAACAACAUGAAGUCGCUUCUCGUCUAGAGGACCAUGAUGAUGAUGAUGAAGACCAUUACCCAGAUGAGCGACGUAUGCAGCAAUACGGCAACUUGUUCUAUUUACUCCAAAGUGAGCCACGCCAUAUUGCUAUCUUGUGUCGCCUCGUCAGCUUAGCUGAGAUCGAUACCUUACUUCAAACUGUCAUGUUUACCUUGUACGGUAACCAAUAUGAAAGCCGCGAAGAGCAUUUAUUACUGACCAUGUUUCAGAAUGUAUUGGCAGCUCAAUUCGAAACAACGACUGAAUUCACUUCUUUGUUGCGUGCAAAUACACCUGUCUCACGUAUGAUGACCACCUACACUCGUCGUGGUCCCGGUCAAUCUUAUCUCAAGUCUGUCUUGUCUGAUAAGAUCAAUCAUUUGUUGGAGCAUCAAGACCUGAAUCUUCAGAUCAAUCCACUCAAGGUAUAUGAUGAACUAGUCCAAAUCACAGAACAAGACAAUGGAGGUGUAUUACCUGAAGGAUUUCCUCGUAGUGUCACGGCUGAAAUGGCUUCUUCUAACCCUACUGUUCAGAACAUGAUUCGCCCUCGCUUAGCUAAACUGAUGGAGAUUGCUAAUUCUUUUUUAUCUACCAUUAUUAGUUCUUUAGAUCAAGUGCCUUAUGGUAUUCGCUGGAUCUGUAAACAAAUUCGAUCUUUGACCAAGCGUAAAUAUCCUGAUGCAUCUGAUAAUGCCAUCUCUUCUUUGAUUGGUGGGUUUUUCUUUUUACGAUUUGUGAAUCCCGCUAUUGUGACUCCUCAAGCUUAUAUGUUGGUGGAUGGUAUUCCUGGCCCACAUGCCCGUACCACGCUCACUUUGUUGGCAAAGAUGUUGCAGAAUUUAGCAAACAAACCUUCUUAUGCUAAAGAAGCCUACAUGAUUCCUACCAAUCCCUUUGUCGAACUCAACAAACAACGCACAAAUCAAUUCCUGACAGACCUUUGUGAAGUAGUUGACUUUUAUGAACAACUAGAAAUGGACCAGUACAUGGCUUUGUCUAAAAAGGAUAUCAUGAUCAACAUUACACCCAAUGAAAUCUACAAUACGCUCUCUCUUUUACAACAACAUAUGGACAUUUUGGCACCGAAAGAAACAGACCAUUUAAGGAUCUUGUUGAAUGAAGUAGGGCAAGCGCCCUCUCAAGUACCUCGUAAAGAGAACAAAGCAAUUGAACUGCCCUUAUUCAGUCGAUGGGAAAUGCCAAUUCAAGACUUGACCAUGUCACUCAUGUCUGAGAACAAUAUUACACAAAACGAUAUUUUGUACAUGGAAGCCAAAUCAAUUUUUGUACAAAUCAUUCGUUCUUUGCCUUAUCUGUCUCGUCCCCCAUUGAAACUACACUUGAUUGCAGAAACAGCAGGCACAGCCAAAGAUGCUCAGUUAGUCCAUAAAGGCAUUAAAGUCAAAGAAAUGUUGCGUGAAUUAGAAGAAGCAGGUGUGAUUGAUCGACAGAAUCACCAGCUAUUAGUGGAAGAAAUCACUCAUGAAUUGGCUCAUUUGGGUGAUUUGAAAGUCAAGGUGAUGCAAGAACUACAAUCGUUGGAAAGUGUCUACAAGACCAUCAUUGACCACAAUAAUUAUCUCAAGAGUCAAUUGGAAAGCUACAAGGCUUAUCUACAGAAUGUGCGUAUGCAAAGUACGAAUAGCAAAGGCUUGUUGGAAGAUCCUAAAUCGAAGAAACCCAAGCAAGUUGUCCAUAAGUUCACACAUCAACAGUUGGAAAAGGAAGGGAUCAUUAGCGAGACAGAAGUGCCUGAUCACCGAAGAAAUCAGAUUUACUUGACUAUUUCGAGUCCAGUGCCUGGCACGUUCAUUAUAUCAUUGCACUAUAAAGGCAGAGAUAAGCCUGUAUUAGAAAUUGAUCUUAAACUGGAUGAUUUACUUGAGAAGCAACAAGACAAUGUACAGACAUUGGAUUUGGAAUAUAUCAAGCUCAAUGUUGCUAAAACACUACAGCUAUUAACCAAAACCUUCAUGGCAAGAAAUAGAACUGGCUUCUUUUCUUAA